UCUCUCAACUUUCAUCAUGUAAGAAGCCCUUUAAUUACUCUGCUUCCAGUCUUGGACUACUUUCAGAAAGGUUUGCUUCAGGAUCUGGAGGCCAUUUUUGCUUGAGCUAGAAGGGUGAAGAACAGAAAUGCAUGCCUGUAAUUUGUACCAAGAUGUGAGAAUGCUUAUCAACAUCAACAAUUAGGAACCAGCCUGGGUUGAUUCGAUUGCUAUCUAGAAGCAUCCCCUCCUAUCUCUUUUGCACCUGCAAGGAAGGAACUUCUGGUUGAUUGGAGAAAUUGUGACUUAAAUGGCUAGAGUUUGCUGGCCAUACUUUGAUCCUGAGUAUGAGAACCUGAGCACAAGAAUCAAUCCCCCAAGGGUAUCUGUAGACAACUCUAGCUGCAGUGACUGUACUCUAGUCAAGUGAACAUAUAUUCCAGCCAUCAUGUUGAAAUUGGUGUGGGGGGUAUGAAAUGUAUGUGUAGGUCGAUAGUGUCAACAAACCCGGAAUUCUGCUUGAAGUCGUGCAAAUCUUGACAGACCUUGACCUCAUAAUCACCAAAGCCUACAUCUCCUCUGAUGGCGGAUGGUUCAUGGACGUAUUUCAUGUCACCGAUCAACAAGGAAAAAAACUUUCAGACAGCAAAACCAUUGACUACAUAGAGAAGGCUUUAGGACCCAAGGGCCAUAUCACAGAUGUACUGAAGGCCUGGCCAGGAAAACGGGUUGGAGUGCACUCUGUUGGUGAUCACACAGCCAUUGAGCUCAUUGGCAGAGACCGGCCAGGCCUCUUAUCCGAGAUCUCUGCUGUCCUUGCCAAUCUUCACUUUAAUGUAGUUGCUGCUGAAGUAUGGACGCACAAUAGAAGAAUAGCCUGCGUUGUGUAUGUCAACGAUAAUUCUACAUGCCAACCUGUGGAUGAUCCAAACAGAUUAUCUACCAUGGAAGAGCAGCUCAAGAACAUCCUGCGUGGGUGUGAGGAUGAUGAGAAAGUUGGUCGUACAAGCUUCUCUAUGGGGUUCACCCAUGUUGAUAGGCGGCUACACCAGAUGUUGUUUGCUGAUAGGGAUUAUGAGGGUGAUGGACUAGCAAAUGAAGUUGAUCACUAUCCUCCCUGCUUCCAACCGAAGAUCACGAUUGAGCGUUGUGAAGAAAAGGGAUACUCAGUGGUCAGCGUCCGGUGCAAAGACCGCGCAAAGCUCAUGUUUGAUAUUGUAUGCACACUCACAGAUAUGCAAUAUGUUGUUUUCCAUGCCACCAUUUCGUCUGAUGGACCGUACGCAUCACAGGAGUAUUUUAUUCGUCACAUGGAUGGUUGCACCCUUGAUACUGAAGGAGAGAAGGAAAGGGUCAUCAAAUGUAUUGACGCUGCAAUUCGGAGACGAGUAAGCGAGGUAUCAAAUUACCAUGAAAUUCAGGAUCUAAGGCUAGAGCUAUGUGCAAAGGAUAGAGUAGGCUUGCUAUCUGAAGUAACAAGGAUCCUGAGGGAGAAUGGGCUGUCAGUAACAAGAGCAGGCGUCACAACUAUUGGGGAGCAAGCAAUGAAUGUCUUUUAUGUUAGAGAUUCUUCAGGCAAUCCAGUGGACAUAAAGACCAUCGAAGCACUUCGUAAAGAAAUCGGGCACACAACGAUGUUCAAUGUGAAGAAAGUACCAACAAGUUCUAAGGCACCUGAGACGAAGGGAUGGGGCAAGACAAGCUUCUUCUUUGGGAACUUGUUAGAGAGGUUUUUGGCUUGACAUGAUGUCAAUAUGAAUGUAAAAGGCACAUUGAAAAUGUACAGAAGAAUAAAUCUGUUCAGUAAGUCAUCUGAACAAAGUUUCUGCAUUUGUACACUUUGUAUAAUAUGCAUGCUUGUAACUUGUAACUUUUGGAAUUUGCACAACGCCUUUCUUUUUUUACUUCUUUUUGACA